AGGAAUAUGCCAGCUGGGUAGGGAUCCUACAAUCAUCAAAAUCAAUUCACCAUAAAAAAGUUGAAGCCUUGAUCGUCUUGUUUCGGAGAAAAACUGUGAAAGGGUUAGUUUCAGGCGCAAACAAGAAUGUUUGGGUGCAGAUGCUUCCACUGGAAUUCGGUGUCCAGAAUGCCACCUUCGAAGCCCGAGACUUUCUCGCUUCCAGCACCACUGCCCCAAUGGCCCCCAGGUCGGGGAUUUGCUUCUGGAAAAAUAAAUCUUGGGGAGCUAGAAGUUGUUAAAAUCUCAAGUUUUGAAUUUAUUUGGAGCUGCAGUAUGUUGCAGGACAAGAAAAAGCGAGUCUCAUUUUACAAACCUGUGGGAAUACCUGAUGGAUUUCAUUGCCUUGGUUACUAUUGUCAACCUGAUGAUAAGCCUUUAAGGGGUUUUGUUCUUGCUGCUCGGGAGGUGUCUUCUUCUGAAUCAGAAAUAAAUUCUAGCGAUGUGGACUCACCGGCUCUGAAAAAGCCCCUUGAUUAUACUUUAGUUUGGAACUCAGAUGAUGGGAAUGAGGAAAGUUUGGAAGGAUGUGGUUUCUUUUGGUUGCCUCAGCCUCCUGAGGGUUAUAAGUCCAUGGGCUAUUUGGUUACUGAUUCCCCUAGAAAACCUGAUAUCGAUGAAGUGAGAUGUGUUCGAACUGACUUGACAGAUAGAUGUGACACCUAUCAUGUUAUUCUUGAUGCCAAAUCUGGAUUUUCAGAAAUGCCAUUCCAGGUUUGGAGUACAAGACCUCGUCAUCGGGGGGUGUUAGGGAGUGGUGUUUCUGUGGGGACUUUCUUUUGUAGUAGCUAUUGGAUAUUUGGAGAAGAGAUAUAUAUUGCAUGCUUGAAGAAUUUUGAUCCUACACUACAUGCAAUGCCAAUUUUGGACCAGAUCCAUGCACUUAUCAACUACUAUGGACCUACCGUUUUCUUUUAUCCUGAUGAGAUCUACUUGCCAUCUUCUGUUUCAUGGUUUUUCAAGAAUGGGGCACUGUUAUAUAAAAAGUGGAUGUUGGUUGGGGAGGCCAUUGAUGCUAGUGGUUCAAAUUUACCAGCUGGUGGAACAAAUGAUGGGGAGUUUUGGAUAGGCUUGCCAAAUAAUGAUCAACAAGAGACCCUCAAGCACGGGAAUUUGAAAAGUGCAAAACUUUAUGUACAUGUGAAGCCUGCACUUGGUGGGACUUUCACUGAUAUUGCUAUGUGGGUUUUUUGUCCCUUCAAUGGUCCAGCCACUCUCAAAAUUGGACUAGUGAAUUAUGCUCUUAGCAAGAUUGGAGAGCAUGUAGGUGAUUGGGAGCAUUAUACUCUCCGCAUAUGCAACUUUACUGGAGAGCUCUGGAGCAUAUACUUCUCCCAGCACAGUGGUGGUGAAUGGGUUGAAGCUUAUGAUUUAGAAUACAUAGAAGGGAAUAAAGCUAUUGUCUACUCAUCAAAGAGUGGACAUGCAAGCUACCCUCAUCCUGGGACUUACAUCCAGGGUUCUGAAAAACUUGGAAUUGGGAUUAGGAAUGAUUGUGCUCGUAGUAAUUUGUAUGUAGAUUCAAGUAAGCAUUAUGAACUUGUUGCAGCAGAGUAUCUUGGAGAAGCGAUAGUUAUUGAGCCUUGUUGGUUGCAGUUUAUGAGAGAAUGGGGUCCAACUAUCAUCUAUGAUUCUAGAUUUGAGUUGGACAAGAUAAUUAAUCGUUUACCCUUGCUGCUCCGUUACUCAGUGCAAAACAUAUUUGCCAAGUUACCGGUAGAGCUAUCUGGGGAGGAAGGUCCUACUGGUCCAAAAGAGAAGAACAACUGGGUGGGUGAUGAGAGAAGCUAGGUUUGUGAUAACCUCUGCCUUGAUGCAUUGCAAUUUUGUUGUUCAUCUGCUGCUGCUAUUGUUUAAUAUUGCACAAGUUUCAAAUUGUUGAAUUCCACACUUGCUCUGGUGCUUUUCUGCUCAGUGCAAAGAGCUGGUAUCUUUGCUCUGGCUGUUGUAGGAUUUUGUACAUUUGUCCUUCUUGUAUAAAUAUUCAAGAUUGCCCAGUACAGCUUUAGUUACUUUAUAUGGAGAGAGGAGGAAGGUGAAGAUGGUUGAAGAUUGCUCAAGCAUGUUUACACAGACUCAUUGGAAUGUUUACACAGGCUUCAGGUUUUUCACCUCAGGACUGGGUGGAGUGUCUGAGACGAUGAAUGUUUGCCUAUAGUUGUAAAAUAUAGCUAAGAACAUGAUGCCCAAGGAAAGUAAAUCUAUUUAUAUUCGUAAUCCAUUUUGUAUCCUUUCAUUUUUCUUACUACAGAUGAAUAGAUGUUUUUCUUCCAG